AAAAGAGGACUGAGUGGGGAAGAAAAGAGAACCCGGAUGAUGGAAAUAUUUUUUGAGACAAAAGAUGUAUUCCAACUGAAAGACUUGGAGAAGCUUGCUCCCAAAGAGAAAGGCAUCACUGCCAUGUCAGUGAAAGAAGUCCUUCAGAGCUUGGUGGAUGACGGGAUGGUUGACUGCGAGAGGAUUGGGACAUCCAAUUACUAUUGGGCUUUUCCGAGCAAGGCUCUUCAUGCCAGGAAGCGCAGGUUGGAGGCUCUGAACUCUCAGCUGUCAGAGGGAAGCCAGAAGCAUGCAGACUUACAGAAGAACAUUGAGAAGGCUAGAGUUGGCCGGCAAGAGACGGAAGAACGAGCCAUGCUUGCAAAAGAACUGUCUUCAUUUCGAGACCAAAGGGAACAACUUAAGGCAGAAGUGGAAAAAUACAGAGAAUGUGACCCACAGGUUGUGGAAGAGAUACGUCAAGCAAAUAAAGUAGCUAAAGAAGCCGCCAAUCGAUGGACUGAUAACAUAUUUGCAAUAAGAUCCUGGGCCAAAAGAAAAUUUGGGUUUGAAGAAACUAAAAUUGAUAAAAACUUUGGAAUUCCAGAAGACUUUGACUACAUAGACUAAAAUGUUUGGUGCUGAACAAGGGUCUGUGAGCUUGUGAAUAUGUCACAUUUUAAACAUCUAACUAAUGUUACCCAAUUAUCAUCUAUCUGUUAAUUGUUUAUCAUUUUGUAGCUUUAAAUAAAGGAU